AUGGAGUGCCCGUCGCCCUUCUUAGUCAACACGUCGACUAUGGAGAGCACAAAUGAUCAAACUCCUAGGGUCCGGAAUGUGCUGAAGAAAUCCCGUCAGUCAGAUGAGGGUCAAAUACCCAGAAAAAAGUUAAGCCUACUCAACCUUUUCAGCCGUUCACGAUCAGGAUCAGAAUGCCCAUCGCCGACAGAGGUGUCACCACCCGGAGGACUACCAUCUCCGUCGUUGAAUUCCUCUGCGCUUAAUUCUCCUACGAUUAGCCCAUCUUUCCCGAGCCCAUUAGCCUCUCCUGGAAUGGCAUCUGUGAUCGAAGAACAAGACGAAGAAGGUGAAGAAGACGACAAUGAUUCUGCUUGGGUGGAUGAUGAGGAUGAAGAGGAGGCAGAAUUAGUGGACGAGAAGCAGGAUGAAGAGGAAGAACUGACUGCAAAGCAACAAGAGGAGGAGAAAAGAGAGAGGCAGCGGCUUGCUCUUGAGUCUCUCAAUACUCAGCCCGCUUCCUUCAUCCGACCCCUGCAGUCCUCGCUUGAGCCCCGGUAUCACAGAAGCCCGCUCCCGUUCCCCACAGUCAAGUCUACCGACGAGUUGUCACCCAUCGCCAUUGCCAGACACCGAGGGGAAACAAACCGAAGACUCACUGGAGACAAGGUUGAGAAACUCACUGUUGAGAAUAAACCUUCCAGCUCGGAACUCACUGCUCUGGCUCACAAGAUCGCACUCUCACUCCCUAACAACCAGGAAAAGCCACACGCUCUCAGAUCGAUUCUUUCCCACAUUGGCAGACGCAGCAAAAGCUUUGGUUCUUCGAUCUCCACACGUCGGACUCCCACGAAGGUUCGAUCUCGCAAGAUCGACCCUCUGAAAGACCCAAAGAUGGUCUUGGCAUGGCCCCCUCGAUUUGGAAUCAAUCUCAGAGAUUUCGAUUCGAUCUUGGCUGCCAGCAAGCGUGUCGAUGAUGAGCACAUCCAAGUUUCUACUGGUGACAUCUAUAGAUACCCUAUCGAGAAGGAGGAGGAGGAUCGAGCUCAUCGAACUCCUCAGAUCGAUCCAUCUGGCAGCGAGAUUCCUCUCCAAGAUCACUAUGACGCACGAGUCGAAUCCUUGUACAGUGAAGAGGUUUUCUAUGAUGAAGAUGACGCCCCCGGAGCACGCGAUUCCCUUACUGAUUAUGAACCCAAGAACCCAAGUGAAACCUUGGAUAACGACUCGCCUCGACGAGUUGGUGUCAGCGUUGACGGUGACAUUUAUGAGGUCGCCAAGAAGGCUGAUCCAGGUUCUGCCGAUUGCAGAGUUUGGUGCACCUAUUUGGGAAGUUAUUACCAGGGAUACUAUAACUUGAAUAAUCUCCCUCUUCGUCCUUCGUUAAACUAUGAUUUCGAGUAUCUGCCAGCACUAGCAGUACGACGGGAAGCGGAGAGAGUUUCGUCCACCGUGCAAAUCGUUCAGUUCUGGACAAAGUCUGACGGACUCAUUGGAUUCCAAGGGCUCUCUAAAUUACAAGAACUCCUCCAGACCGUGGAUGUCGCUGUUAGCACGUUCAACCAUGUGAACGAGAUCAAGCGUACUAUUCACAGCAACGGACUAGUCUUGUCAGCCAGAAAGGAAAGCAUGGUAGGACAUGCACUGUAUGGCCAGGAGAUCCUUAUAGUUCUCGAUACUUGCCAGGAUUGGCGAUUUAAGAGGAACCCAUCUGUCCCGAGGACCCCGAACGGCCCUGGCAUUGGCUUUUUCGCUGCCGUGCCUCUCAUGAUUUCUUCCGGUCACGCUUGGGGUGUCCUGUCUGUAAGCAGCAGAAGUUGUCGUGCCUCAUUCAGCCCUAGCGAUCGCAAUGCUCUUGCAAGUAUGGGCCAGAGUAUUACAAACACUUUGGAACACAAACUCACCAGUAGCCAACGUCACGCCCGGCAAGAGUCGGCUUUGAUAGAUGACCUUGUUCCCCUUCCGCUAGAUGUCUGCAAAGCCCCAGAGCAGACUCCCCCCUCAUCAUCAGAUUCCAAUGCCAAUUUCCACCCGUCGCGGUUCCCUGACAAUGUUCAGCUUUCACGGGACCCUGACAAUGAUUUCGGAUCGGGUGGGCAAUCAGCAUCAAGAGAAAAUGUAAAGCAAAUCGUUGUACGGUCUAGUUACCGGGACUCGGUGGCACACUCCGAAAACAAGUCAGAUGCUACGUCUAUCCACACGGCACCACUCAGCUCGCCAUCUAAGGUCGCUUCUUCCAGGACACUCCUCGAUCAUCCUUUGGCCGAGCAUGUCAGAGGGAAGACACAGGAGCAAGGAGUCCCGGUGGUCAGACAUCAGAGCAGCAUGCUUUCGAUAUCAUCUUCACUGAGAUCACGCAAAUCUACGUACGACCAGGCCAAUAUUGGCGCAAUUUGCAAGGGUGUCCAGACGUCGCUCAAAUACGAUGAAGUGUUUGUGAUCGAGAUCUCUCUUGAAGUUACAGGUCCACCAGAGGCUGUGCUCGUUGGAGGUGCUGAUAAUACGGACAAGGCAGUCGAUUUGCCCUCCGUUAUCAAGGCUCUGCGCCAAGAUUUGGUGAUUCCAUAUUCUCCUGAUCCAGCAGGCUUGAAGGAUGGUGACUACCCCGCUGGCAAUCUUGUCUUCAUAUGCUCUGGCGACCGCGUUGGCUCCAGCGAUGAACGUUCUUCAGGAACUGUUGGCGUUUGCUUGCGAACUCACAAAAACCAGCAAAGCAACGGGAACGCAAGAAGCUUGGAACUUACCAGACUGGCAAAGUUCCAGACAGAAGUUAGAAAGGCAUUGAUUGGCAACCGUCCUAGAUCAGGGCCCCACUCACCAUUCCUGGCAAAUGAGGCUACGGAGGUUGUCUUGCCGAGCAAUAACUUCCGACCAACCUAUCUCCCAAUACCCCCACCACGACGUUGA